GCCCCACCCCUCCCGGUCCCGCGCGCCGGGACUUCUGGCGCGUUUCAUUGGUCCCGUCCCUCAGGCGUCCUGCGGGCUGAGAGGCGGGAAUCGCUGGGACCCGACUUUGGGGGUCCUGUCGCAGGCCUGCGGCGUCUCGGUCGUUUUCCGAGUUCGCCCUGUCGCCCGUUCUCCGAGGAGCCUUUCCCGCGAAGGCGGGGCGAUGCUGGGGAACCGCCGGCCGAGGGUCCGCUCGGGGAACCAGCCACCCGCCAUGGAGCCGGCGAGUGGCGGGGCCUGGGCCCACAGCCGCGCCGCGCUUGACCGGCUGGAGAAGCUGCUGCGCUGCUCGCGUUGCGCUAAUAUUCUGAGGGAGCCUGUGUGUUUAGGAGGAUGUGAGCACAUCUUCUGUAGUAACUGUGUAAGUGACUGCAUUGGAACUGGAUGUCCAGUGUGUUAUACUCCAGCCUGGAUACAAGAUGUGAAAAUAAAUAGACAAUUGGACAGCAUGAUCCAGCUUUGUAGCAAGCUUCAAAAUUUGCUACGUGAGAAUGAGCUUUCAGAUUUAAAAGAAGAUACAUCUAGGAAAAGUUCAUUUAAUGAUGCAGAAAAUAAGAAGAAUUCAAUAAAAAUGUGGUUUAGUCCUCGAAGUAAGAAGGUCAGAUAUGUUGUGAAUAAAAUUUCAGUGCAAACCCAGCCUCAAAUUAUAAAUGAACAAAAUGCUCAGCAGGCCUCAAUGUACGAAUAUGUUUCUACAAGUCCUCCAGUAGAUGUCUCUGCGAGAGGUAAAAAGGCUUCCACGAGAUCUGGGAAAAAGCACAAAAAGAAAACUUUAGCUCAAGUCAACCAAGAAUGGAAUUUAGAGGCAGACAAAAAAGAUGGUGAACUUGACUCCAAAGAGGAAUUUAAGGAAAAGCUGGUAUCUUUCUGUAGCCAGCCAUCUGUUAUUGCUAGUCCUCAGAUAAAUGGUGAAAUAGACUUGCUAGCAAGUGGUUCUGUAGCAGAUUCUGAAUGUUUUGGAAGCGUAACUGAAAUCUCUUUACCAUUGGCUGAGCAAAUAGAGUCUCCAGAAAUUAAGAGCAAGAAUGAAGUAGUGACUCCUGAGAAGAAUUGCUGUGAAAAUUGUCUUCCAUCUAAGAAAUCCGUGCCCUUAGGUCGUAAAGGAAAACGUGGGCUUCACAGGAGACUCCCCAAUCCCAGUUCUAAGAGAUGCCGAAGCAGCAUUCCCAGCACCAGUGGACAUUUUGUUAAGCAAACAGCGCUAUCGGAAAACACAUCAUUGCCUGGCUGUUCUUUGCCACCUUCAAGCAAAGUUAAAGUUGGUGGCCCAUUAAGGAGGAAAAACAGUGAUAUAUUAGAUGACUCCAUUAGCCCUUCACCAGGUUUACCACCUUCUACACUGAAUAGUCCAAGUUACAGGCGAAUGAUGUCCAGCCCCUCAGCUGUGAAGCUGUUGCCCAAUAGCCUUAUGGCCAUGAAAAGAAAUCAUAGAGGAGAGACCUUGCUCCAUAUUGCUUCAAUUAAGGGCGACGUACCUUCUGUUGAAUACCUUUUACAAAAUGGAAGCGACCCAAACGUUAAAGACCAUGCUGGAUGGACACCAUUGCAUGAGGCCUGCAGUCAUGGGCACCUGAAGGUAGUGGAAUUGCUGCUCCAGCACAAGGCAUUGGUGAACACCACUGGGUAUCAGAACGACUCACCACUCCACGAUGCAGCCAAGAAUGGGCACAUGGAUAUAGUCAAGUUGUUACUUUCCUAUGGAGCCUCCAGGAACGCUGUUAACAUAUUUGGUCUGCGACCUGUGGAUUGUACAGACAGUGAAAAUAUGAAAUCACUAUUGCUGCUACCAGAGAAGAAUGAAUCAUCAUCAACUAGCCAUUGCUCAGUAAUGCACACUGGUCAGCGUAGAGAUGGUCCUCUUGUACUUAUAGGCAGUGGACUUUCUUCAGAACAACAGAAAAUGCUCAGUGAACUUGCAGCAAUUCUCAAGGCUAAAAAAUGCACUGAGUUUGACAGUACAGUAACUCAUGUCAUUGUUCCUGGUGAUAAAGUUCAAAGUACCCUGAAAUGUAUGCUCGGGAUUCUCAGUGGAUGCUGGAUCCUAAAGUUUGAAUGGGUGAAAGCAUGUCUACAAAGAAAAGAAUAUGAACAGGAAGAAAAAUAUGAAAUUCCUGAAGGACCACAGAGAAGCAGGCUCAACAGAGAACAGCUGUUGCCAAAGCUGUUUGAUGGAUGCUACUUCUAUUUUGGGGGAGCCUUCAAACACCAUCCAAAGGACAACCUUAUUAAGCUCGUCACCGCAGCUGGGGGCCAGAUCCUCAGUAGAAAGCCCAAGCCAGACAGUGACGUGACUCAAACCAUUAAUACAGUCGCGUACCAUGCCAAGCCAGAUUCUGACCAGCGCUUCUGUACACAGUAUAUCAUCUAUGAGGACUUGUCUAAUCAUCGCCCAGAGAGGGUUCGGCAGGGCAAAGUCUGGAUGGCUCCUUCUAGCUGGUUUAUAGAUUGUGUGAUGUCCUUUGAGUUGCUUCCUCUUGACAGCUGAAUACUAUACCAGAUGAACAUUUAAGAUUGAACUUAGACAUUAGACAGUGUGAGAACCCAGCCAUUGAGCUGUUGAUCAUUCACAUUUUUAUAAAUAGGUAAACUCAUUCACAUUUUUUUCCUUGAAUUAAAAAAAUCUUAUGCCAGAUUAGGAGUUUAUUGUGCGUUUACCAUUUAGAUGUUGAGACUGUUUUGAAGGAUUUUCUUUUUAAGACUGGCAUACAUUUUGAUUCAUCAUGUCUUUCUACUUAAAUUUAUCAGUUUAUCAAAGAUUAAUGAGAGGGUCUCAGAACUGUUAAUUAAUAUACAAGUGCUAUCAUUACUGUCUCAUCCUUUCACUGUUCUUUAAUGAAAACGCCACACCUGCCACCAACAGAAAUAGUUGUCCUCUUUUAGUAAACAAAGUAUAUUGUCAAAUAAUUUAUUCUGGCUUUAUCUUAAUGAAAAUAGAGUACCUGGUCUACAUGUGUCACCAUAGGUGUUAAAUUUUUCUCCCAUCUACAGUCGUUUUCAUCUUUCAUUGCGUUUAUUUAGUUUCUUAUAAUUAACUUGGCUGUCUGUACCUACAUUUUUAUCCCUUAUUUUUAUCUUGUCUGUUCAUUAGAGAAUCAUGAUUUGAACCCUAACAUUAUUGUUCUUUGCUGGUGAAAAUCAACAUUGGGCUUAUUCAACAUAUUUUAAUUGUAUACACUUGCUUAUUGUUAACUGUCAAUUUGCUUGUUACUGUACAAUUUAUUGUUACUGUAUUUAUCUACAAAUAUGUAUACAUAAUUCGAGCAUUUUCUCUAACACAUUUUAGUGUCACUAUUUCUUAGAAGGUCUCACCAGACUAGCAAAUUGUCAAUUAAAUGUUAAUAAAUUAAAUUAGGAAGCAGUC